AUGGCGAGUGAAUGUGAGAAGAACACAGUCGACCCUCGACCCUCAACUUCUACUCAACUUGUCGAGGCCCGCGACUACUCCAUCAUUGCAGACCUUCUUCUCCCCUCCCAACCCCUCGUCCUCACCAUGGACCUAGACCUCCACGACCCCGACAACGACGCGCUCAGCCGUUUUCCCAUCCCUCACCUCGCCCAAGACCUCAGCAACUACUACGCCUGGCAACACGCGCUCUACUUCCACCUGCGCUACCACGGCGUCUUUUACUUUAUCACCGGCCACGAACAAAGCCGCUGGGACUUGCGCUGGCAGGCAUGUGGUGUAGACGACAACGACGAUGACGGGAAUCCGAAUCCGAAUCCGAAUCCGCCGCCUACCAAGCACGACCGCAAGAACUACCAGCGUCGCAACAUGCAUGCGUACGCGAUCCUGUUCUCGAAAAUCGAAAGUAUCGUCCCGGCGCUCCUGGCGGCUGGGUGGGAUGGCGAUAAGGAUUCGUUUGGGUUUCGGACGGAUUUGUUGUGGAAUCGAGUCCAGGAGCUGAGGCAUGUGCAGCGGGAGCAGCGGGAGCAGGAGAGGGUAGCUUCGCGGCUGGGUACUACGAACCAUUCCAUGUCGUCGCGCGCGAUCAGUUUGACGGAUGAUGAGUAG